CGGAAACCAGAAUCGCUUUGGGUCUGGUCGCCAAGAUGGCGUCCUCCGCCUCCGCUAGGACUCCGGCCGGGAAGCGAGUGGUAAAUCAGGAAGAAUUGCGGCGGUUAAUGAAGGAGAAGCAGCGUCUGAGCACCAAUCGGAAACGGAUAGAAUCUCCAUUCGCGAAGUACAACCGUUUGGGGCAGCUGAGUUGUGCCCUGUGUAACACCCCGGUUAAGAGCGAGCUCCUGUGGCAGACUCACGUCCUGGGAAAGCAGCACCGAGAGAAAGUGGCCGAGCUGAAAGGCGCGAAGGAAGCCAGCCAGGGUUCGUCCGCCAGCUCAGCGCCUCAGACCGUCAAGAGGAAAGCGCCGGACGCAGACGGCCAAGACGCCAAGAGAGCGAAGGCCACCUUGGUGCCUCAGGUACAGCCCUCCACAUCUGCGUUGCCUACCAACUUUGACAAAAUAGGAAAGGAGUUCAUUAGAACGACUUCCAGUAAGCCUUCAGGACUCAGUUUACUCCCCGAGUAUGAAGAUGAGGAGGAGGAGGAAGAGGAGGAGGAAGGAGAUGGAGAAAGAAAAAGGGGGGACGCCAGCAAGCCGCUGUCCGACGCACAGGGCAAGGAACACGCAGUUUCUUCUUCGCGGGAGGUAACAAGUAGUGUGCUGCCAGACGAUUUCUUUAGUACUAAUCCUCCCAAGGCCCCCAUAAUUCCUCAUUCAGGGUCAAUUGAGAAAGCAGAAAUACAUGAAAAAGUGGUGGAAAGGAGAGAAAACACCGCGGAAGCGUUACCGGAAGGUUUUUUUGACGACCCUGAGGUAGAUGCAAGGGUGCGAAAGGUUGAUGCCCCAAAAGAUCAGAUGGACAAAGAGUGGGACGAAUUCCAAAAAGCCAUGAGGCAGGUCAACACUAUUUCCGAAGCCAUAGUUGCCGAAGAGGAUGAGGAGGGACGGUUGGACCGCCAGAUUGGGGAGAUCGAUGAGCAGAUAGAGUGUUAUCGACGGGUGGAAAAGCUACGGAAUCGCCAGGAUGAAAUAAAAAAUAAACUUAAAGAAAUCCUGACCAUAAAAGAACUGCAGAAAAAGGAAGAAGAGAAUGCUGACAGCGAUGAUGAGGGGGAACUACAGGAUUUGUUGUCUCAGGAUUGGAGAGUGAAAGGGGCAUUGUUAUAAGGUUUUAAAGACCCAAGGUUUCUAACAGCCUCUGCUAUUGUAUAAAAGUGCUGUCUCUCAGUAGUAUAUCGGUUACUUCAUGCCUAGAGAUUUGGGUACCUGGAUUGCUAAACUGGAUUGUUAAGAUAAAAUGAGCCAGUGAGCUACAGCACUUUGGAAAAUUUGUGUAAAAUGUUUUUGAGGUAAAGUUGUUUUUGAAAUUUCUGAAGUGUUAUAUACCAAAAUGCCAACUGUUCCACAACAGACUUAACUGUAUACUUUCGUUGUAAAUAUUGUACAUAGUUAAAUCUAUAUUAAGUAAUUCUGUUUUGAAUUUUUUUAAUUAAUAGAAAGACCAACCGGCAAACUUUUAGAUGAAUGCUCACUGUAGUAUUUGUAAUGUAUUUAUCUUCUGAACCCUACAUCAAGUUGAAAAGGUUUGUUUUCUUGUUUCUUUGGUUUUUUUAGAACACUUCAUGAACACAUAAGUCAUUAUAGGUUAA